CUCUGCUCUCUUGCGUUUAGCCCUCCUUCUGUAUCUACGUUUUCGUUUUCGUUUUCGUUUUUUUCUUUUUCCCCUUUUUCGGAUGUGGUUCUUCAAUUUUCAUAGACUACAUUUCAUAGCUUUAAAUAGUUUACAUCUCGCUGCAAACCAAUCGGGCCCUAGCCGUAGGGUUUAUUCUUAAAUCACUGUAUAAAAAGAGAGAGAAGGAAAUUUGGUUGGAGGAAUAAUUUUGUGUAAUUUCAUUUUUGAAUUUGUUUUUCUCAUUCUCUGAGUAAUUCAGUUGGAUUGGAGUUCUUGUCGUGUGAGGGAAAGAUAGAUUACUAGUGUUGUUUGUGAAUCGGGAUUAGUUGAUCGUUGUUAGGGUUUCUGGGGCUGUGUUAUUGUAGUCGUGAGAGAAGGAAAUGGACAAGAAGAAGGCUGCCGUGCCGCUUGUUUGCCAUGGGCAUUCUAGGCCUGUCGUGGAUUUGUUCUACAGCCCGAUCACACCCGAUGGCUUCUUUCUUAUCAGUGCCAGUAAGGAUUCUACUCCAAUGUUGAGAAAUGGGGAGACUGGUGAUUGGAUUGGAACCUUUGAAGGGCAUAAAGGUGCCGUCUGGAGUUGCUGUCUGGACUCUAAUGCCUUACGAGCUGCAUCUGCCUCUGCAGAUUUUUCUGCGAAAUUGUGGGAUGCAUUAACUGGGGAUGAGCUGCACUCUUUUGAACACAAGCACAUUGUUCGUACUUGUUCCUUUUCAGAGGAUACACACCUUCUACUCACUGGUGGAUUCGAGAAAAUUCUACGAAUAUUUGAUUUGAAUCGUCCAGAUGCACCUCCAAGAGACGUCAACAGUUCUCCUGGUUCUAUUAGGACCGUAGCAUGGCUUCACAGUGACCAGACCAUUUUAAGCUCUUGUUCUGAGACUGGUGGUGUUAGGUUGUGGGAUGUAAGAAGUGGCGAAAUUGUUCAAACACUAGAGACUAAAUCCCCUGUAACUAGUGCUGAAGUGAGCCAGGAUGGACGCUAUAUAACAACUGCUGAUGGGUCUACUGUGAAGUUUUGGGAUGCAAAUCAUUUUGGAUUAGUGAAGAGCUAUGAUAUGCCCUGCAAUGUGGAGUCAGCUUCAUUGGAACCAAAGCUUGGCAACAAGUUUAUUGUUGGAGGAGAAGAUAUGUGGGUCCAUGUACUAGAUUUCCAUACUGGAGAAGAGAUAGGAUGCCACAAGGGUCAUCAUGGUCCUGUCCAUUGUGUGAGAUUUGCACCUGGUGGUGAAUCCUAUGCUUCAGGAUCUGAGGAUGGUACCAUCAGAAUAUGGCAAUCAGGCCCUGUGAAUCACAAUGAGAAUGAGUCAUCACUUCCUGGGAAUGGACCGACUGAGAAAGUGAAGGCUUCCGCCGAUGAAGUUACUGGUAAGAUUGAGAAUUUACAAAUCACCAAGGAAGGGAAGAAUGUAGACAAGAAGGACAAGGCAAUAGACAACUGACUUGGCCUCUGAUCUUGUGUAAUACAUUCAGUGGUUUUCUGGCUUUCCAGGUGAUGAGCAAGUGCAAUUUACUGGCCCUGAUAUUUGGUCAUUGAAUAGACUCUUAUAGUCUUAUUGUAUCUUUCCUUCUUUCAUUGUAGGACAAGGAAUAUAUGUUCUACAACUGGAUUAUAUGAUUUUGACCAUUAAAGGUCUGACAAGAGGGGAAAAGGGUUAUUGCCAGCAAACCUCUUAAUCAAAAAAUAUGAGUUCUGCUUGAACUAAUGCA